GCACAUUUUCAAAUGCAUUCAGCUUCUCUAUUUUCUGACUGGCGUUAAAAUAAUUUUUUUCUGUCUCUCACUAACUUUAAAAAUAAAAUUAAACGCUCUAUUCAAUAUUGCACCGGUGCAAGAUGUCAGUGCCUCGUAAUCCACCAGUAUGUUCCAAGUGCUUCAAAGUUAACCAUACGAAGUAUAACUGCCCAGAAGGUCGAGAAUUAAUUAAUCUCGACCCCCAGUACACAGUUCGAUCAUCUACCGAAAUGUGUUACAACUGCGCAGAGGACGGUCAUAAGCGGGAGAACUGUCCACUUCCCCCAAACCCCCCAGAAUUCCAAAGUGCUCUGAGAAGGAAGGGAGUCGAGGCUAAGCGUCGUGCUGGGGUCAUUCCUGGGUUUAAGAAAGAUGGAUUGGAGGAGCAGAAGAGGUUGCAGCGCCAACAAUGGCAGAAGGAAGGGCGCAACAUUCCACUACUUUUGAUUGAAAAAGAGUUGGAUGAUGUCAUGAUCUGGCUGGAGGAAUUCAAACGUAAGACGAUGUCAUUAAGGGCCCUACGCAUUCUCCAGUCGGAACAGGAUGAUGACGACGCUGUGGUGAUUUCUCGACAGACGGAAGUAAAGGCUGCCGAGGCUGAACUUCGCUUUUUUCUCCCCCGGAUCAAAGAAAUUAUGAAUAUUGCGAAAGGGCGACGUUGCGACUUGAACUACUUGGAGGUGUCAUUUCUGGAGUCUUACGUUGGGUCAAUUGAAGAAAUAAGGACGGAAUUGGUCAACUUUAUUAUGCCAGAAGCACGUUCUCUUGCUAAUAAUUAAAUAUUUUAUUUCUAUCAUCUUUUUUUGUACCGGUCCAGCUCAGACAAUUUGUUACAAGCAUAUAAUUUGAAAUAUAUAUAUUAUACCAACGUAUAAUAAUAGACAACUAUUAGAA